AUGGCCGACCCUCUCAGCAUCGUUGGCUCGGUUGCUGGAUUGUCGGCCACGGCGGUCAAAGUGUACAACACCACCUCCAAUUUCAUCUCCAGCGCCAUCGAUGCCCCCGAGUCGGCGAUGCAAAUGUUUCAAAUCAUUGAAGAGACGAAGAUGACUCUGUCUUCUGUCCACAAGUUGCUUCACUCCCUCGACACCUUCCCCAGUUCCCGCAAAAACAUGAUCCAGCUCGACCACCUUUCGAUCGUCAUCACGCACUCGGUCCUGACCCUUUCAAAACUUGAAUCUAUCGUCUGCCAGCAGGAUGGUUGCGGUCCCGGAUGAAAUGGGCGCUGUGGCACGAAAAGAAGAUCCUAGCUCUUCUUCCUCGGUUGGAGUCUCAGAAGUCAAC